UCAUAGUAAACAAAAUUUGGUUAAAAUUUAAAACUAUAUUAAGCUAAAUUAAACCAAAAAGUUUAAUAUAAUAUAAUAUAUAUUAUAAUAAUACCUCUUAAUUUAAUUGUAAUAUUGUAUAUUGUCUAGAUUAUAAUGCGGUUUUACAAGUAUUGUGAUUUAGUCAACGCUAAUACUAACUAUGCAAAUCGGAUGAAGAUGCUCAGCAAUCGUAUUUUUGGUGAUGUUGUACGGCCAACUAAUGAAAAAUCUAUGAGGGUAGUGAAAAUGUUUAGUGAAGAACCAUUAUACAAAAAAGAAAAUGUUAUAAACUACUAUCCUCGUCAUAUAGAGACAGGAUUAUUAAUGAAGAAACUCCGAGAAUAUGGUUUGUUUAGAGAUGAACAUCAAGACUUUAUUGAAGAAAUGAGAAGACUCAAAGCUCUUAGGGGAAAAGUGUUUGUUAAAGGAGAAAAAAAAAGAAAAGCAAAGAGUAUUUUAUAACAUCAGUCAUUCAAAGUUGCAUUUUUGUAUUAAAAAUUAUCAAUAUGUUCUUAGAAUUGUGUAUUUAUGU